AUGGCCGAUGCUACAGUUAUCGUUGAGGGGAAAAUUAAAUUCCGUGAUGGCAAAAAAUGGAAGCCGCGCUGGUGUAUUCUGAAGAAGCCAUCCCCAGUCGCUGAUAGGUUGCAAGUUUAUUUAUAUAAAGAUUUGACUGAGUUUACAAAAAAUGAAUCAAAGCCAAAAUCAGUUUUUGCUUUGGAUGGCUUCUUUGGGUUGGAUGCAGGCUUUGCAUACGACAGAGAACCACAUGUGCUUGCUCUGAUAUGCCAUAAAAGUAUCAGCCUUAUGGCAUUUGAGCUGAGAGAAAACAUGAUUCAGUUUGAAAUCAAGAUCAGACAGAAUAUGGGAGAGGAACAUCAAUUCCCUGUGAAAGUUGUCAAAGCUCCAUCUAGUGCUCGGCUACCUAAAGAUCCUGUCAGACUAAUGAUUCACAGCAUGAGGUUUUGUCUUAUCGCACAUGUGCCACCGAAAAUUCUCAUUGCUUGGAAUAUUGAAGAUUUGCGCAGAUUUGGUACUAGAGAGGGAAAAUUCUGCUUUGAAGGAGGGACACGCUGUGGCAAAGGAUCUGGUGUGUUUGCCCUCCAGUCAGAACAGGCUGAAGAUAUUGCAGAUAUCGUUAAUCUUGCGUCCACUGGGAAAUUAGUGAACUGCCAUCGAAAGUUCAGGAACAGAAGAAGACUUUCUCAAGUAGCAAGUUAUGAAAUGCCUGAUGAAAUCAACUAUAGCUCAGUAACUGUUUACGUAGACACUGUACAUGAUGAUGAUGAUGAUGAUGCAAUACAGUCGGAUGCUUCUCCAGCAGCCUGCACUCUGAGCCAUCACAUAGUGAAUGCAAGUGACAUCAGUGAUUGCGUAAAUCCUGCUAAGAGUAUACUGCGGCCGCGAUCAGGUCAAGAAUACCUUUUUAUACAGCGGAUAUUUCUUACAUCCCCUGUCAUUUUCUCUUGUUUACCAACAAAUUCAUCAUUUGUCAACAGUGUUUUCUCAGAACUUCAAAAACCUCAUGAAGAACUGUUUCUUUCUUACCAGACUGAUCCACCAAGUGCCAUACCAUCUCAGAGUAUACCUUCUCAUUAUUUAAGCUUACCUCAUAAUACUCCCCAAAAAUCUCCAAGUACUUCAAGUGGGAAAGAGACUGUCAGAUCGUCUGUUAGUGUGCAUAGCCCAUUCUGGGGACCUGACCCUAGUCACCAUAGAUGCGAAGGAAGAUCACAUGCAAAAUGUGAUACAUCAUCACUCGCUUCAACUCCUUAUCCAGUAUUCUCUCCGCACCAUGGGCUCUCAGAUUCUCCUAUAAAAUCUAAAUCUGCUCAUGCGGCAGGUACUGAAGACAGCAUCUUUUUCCCUAUGUAUAUGACAUUCAGCGCAACAACACCUCCUCCUUCACCUCUUGGCCCAUAUACUCAUACAUGCUCAGCUCAACAUACCCCAACAUAUGUGAACCAGGAGUUUGUUAACAGACACAAUAAUGCUUCAGCUAGCGGUCACACAGUGAGCACCAGUGGUAGCUUCUCUACUAACUCUCCUAUUCGAGCAGGUAUGCAGUCACUGAAGUCUCUCAUUUUCAAGGAUUCUUCAAGGAACUCGCCAAGAGUGUCUAAAGAAACUAGAACACAAUCCAGACAUUCAGAAUCUGAUGCUAAUAAAAUUGAAAAACUUUCUCUGAGUCUUCCAUCUUCUAAACACAAUGAGUCUUCAGCAUCAUCAAGUGUCCAGCGCUCCCACUCUGAUCCCAAAAGAUCAGACGCAGAUGAGAAAUUGCAGCUUCCACCAGGAACAGUAUCCAGUUACAGAGAAUUACCUCAAAAAGUCUAUGAUAAGUUUGCAGAUUCCAGUAUAAUUUCAAGACGACGACGAAGGCACGUAGCAGGCAAUAAACUGACUGGUGAAGCAGCAUUAGUACACAUCUCAGCAGAACCUUCUCUCAAAGACAUUAGCCGAGAACAUUCACCCAUUUUGAAGUCCACUGGCUACAAAAAUAUAGACUGCAUAAAUGCAGCCACAUCAGCUGCCAUUUCCUCACCGUCACCCAGAACACCUUCUGUAGGACCAGAUACUUUGCAUUUAGGUCACACAUCACAGUUAGGAAGUAUAUUAGAAUCUCGUAUCAGCCCUCAUGAAAUAAUACAUUCCCCAGGCAGUUUAGUAUUUGUUACUAGAAACAGACACUCAUCUUCCUUUGUUUUCAAUGGUGGAGGACCAGACACUGUUCAACAUUCAGUUACCAUACCUAGUUCAUCAUCGCCAGCUCCUCUAUUGCCCAGCCGCGAAAAGAUACCUUCUUCACCAUCAUCCUCAUGUUCACUGAAUUCUGCUAUAUCAUCCUCAGAUGUGUCUGACUCCCCUCCAUCGUAUUUUGCUCCUUCACCACCACCACACACCCCACCUCCACCAGAGUUGCCUCCGCGAUUGCCUCUGCCAGCUCCUGAUGUCAUGAUAUCUUCUAGCCCCAUAAAGCCAGACACAGUAUCACAUUUAUCAUUUGUCACGCAGCAGCUGAAUUACAUAGAAGUCGACACGACCAAACCCGCAGAGACAGUUGUUCUUGCUGCACCUUUAGCAAAUUCCCGCAGAAGUAAGCGGGUGAGGCAGCAGAAAGAAAAAGACUAUGCUAAAUUACGAUAUGCUGUAAUUGACCACCAGGCAACAAAAGCCUUGCAACAGGCCAGGCAAGAACAUGAGCAGUGUAGGGAUAGCAGUUUGCGGCACAUACAGCCGAAAGACGCACAUUUAGACAGAGCAAGCCAUCUCAGCCGAAUCAAUUCAGCACCAGCUUCUUCUAAAAGAAAACAGAUUUCUAUAAUGCAGAGAGAAAGAAAACUUAGUUCAGGUUCAAUUGAAACUUGUUAA